AUGGCAUCUCGAGCCCUUGCUCCCAUCGUUCGGCGAUCUGUCGCCGCUUCUCGGGUCUCUUCCAAGGCCUUGAGAGGUGGAAGCCCACCCAUGCCUGCAUAUGUCAGAAUUCCAGCCCCAUCGGAGCCCUUGGUGGAAAACCAUGAUUGUCUCUUUGACGACGCUUGCGCUCCUGAAUUGGCCUUGGACUUUGACUGCCAGAAUGUCUCUACUAGCGAGGGGUUCAUGUCCUGGAUGAUUGGAAUGGGUCUUUUUGCAUCCCUCUUCAUGACAAUCAAAUACAUCGAGGACCCUUAUGCUUGCAACCCUGCAAUCUCAAGAGCCGAAUCUGAUGACAUUGUUGUCACACUCAAGCACCACGAGUAA